ACUACCCAGACACAUCGCUCUCACACACACACAGCGCUCACACACAGACAGACAGACACUGAUAUUUAAGAUGCGUCUGGUUUUCCCUAAACGCCCCUCCGUGCCAAGGUCCCGGGCGAGCUCGAGCGCCUCCUGCUGUCCGGUAAUUGCGGGUUCCGCGGUCCUUUACUGCGUCACGUGCGAUCAGGCGCUCGGCAGCCGCUGCGUCAUUAACGGUGCGCACCGGGAUCACCGGCUCAAGGACCUGAAGGAAGCCGUGCAGGAUCAAGUGAAAAAUCUGAGCAAACUUUCCGAGACAAUCAAAUCUAAAGAAAGAAAGUUUCACGACCUCACACCAAGGAUUGAAGCAGCAGAGCGCGAGCUCGAGGAGAAGUGCAACAGGACACGGGAGCUUCUCCAGCAGGAAUACAGCAGCCUGAUGAGUUUAAUCGAGCAGAACCAGCAGCAAGCUUUUUUCAUCCUGAAUGUCCAGAAGGAAAUGAUAAAGCAGCAACUCCAUCAGCUGCUGGAGGACGCACAUAACUACCAGAGCAAGUCCAAAGCUAUGAUCGAUGAUGUUGAAAAGCUCAGCAGCAGACAGGAAAGCGAGAACCCCGGCAGCAUGCUGGGGGAGAUCAGCGCAUUUGAGACCAGCUUACACACGAUGAACGAGUUUUACAGCUCUGUGGACAAAAAGCUGCAGGUCGAUGACACGCGACUGAAAGCUCUGGAAAACUCCAUUAAGAAGAUUGUGGAAAAAAACAAAGAUCUGCUCCCACGGCCAUGGGAAUUCUCUGAGAUCAUUACUUUGGAUGAGAGUCGUACUCACACUAAUGUCCAGAUCUCGGAGAACAAGAUGGAGAUGUCGGUAAACCCUACAGGUAUCCAGAGACCUGCUAAUCCAGCACCAUGGAGAACCGCUCUGGCAUCUCAGAAAUUCAGUAAAAACUCACAUUACUGGGAGGUGGCGGUCGGAGGCUGCGAGAGCUGGGUGGUGGGAGUCGUGGAAAACCGGGGUAAAGGUGUCCAAACAGAGCCUGCGAUCAAGGAACAGAAAAACUCGUGGAUUCUAGAGUGCGAAGGUGGCGAGCUCUCGGCGCUGCACAACAACGAGUUCAGCAGGGUGAAGGAGACCAAAAUCGAAACCGUCGGCAUCUUCCUGGAUUGCGAUAAAGGCAGACUGAAGUUCUACAACGUCAACACUGGCUGCGUUCUGCACACAUUUAUUAACCAGUUCAAACACGCCGUGUCUCCCACGUUCAGCAUUCAGGCUCAACAUGACAGUGUGGCACGGCUGAAGAUCUGCAACCUGGUUCACAAAUCCGAGGAGCGAUUCGACCUCCCCGACACCUCCGUGAUCUCAGAGUCACAGAACGAGGAGGCUAUGGAGUUAAGUUCUGUUAGUUCUAAUCAAGACAUGAUUUGAAAGCAAAUGAUUUAAAUGUAUGUGAGCAUAUUUAUUUUACAUCUAAAUAUAUAUAAAUACUAUUUAUUAAAAUCUAUUACUAUCCAGUACUGCAGUGUUGUGAAGAGUAAAAUGAAGGUGUUUCGGUAUACACACAGCUGAACUGUACAUGUGCAAUAAUUGAUCUAAUAAAAUAUAUUAAUAAA